ACCAUAGCCCCAGCGCCGAUGGUAGGUACCUGCCUUAGUAUGGGACCUCUUAUCAUCCACUUCCCCAAGGCUCUGACAUCGCCUCAAUCCAAUUGCAUCUCACGUCGCGUUAUAUUUCUUUACUUAUCGACUCGUCGCGAGUGGCGCCGAGGAUUAAUCAGGAUUCUUCUAAGCUGCACGCUCCCUCGUUCAACGUUCACCAAUUUUACGUGGCAGAAUUAUAUCGGUCCUGUUAGAAUCCACCACGUUGAUUGCCUCCCUAUGUUAUGCCUAGAAACAAUGUGUCCUAACACGUUGGGGAUCGAGUCUAGUCAGAAUAUAUCUAAUGGAAAUUCGAAGCAGCAAAACGUGGCAAUCAGUAAUAAUACAGACCUCAGCUUUAAAGAUUGUAUCAUCUACCAAAAGUUUAUGUUGCAAAUACAAGGAAUGGAAUCCCUUCCAACAUCGAAAGAGUUCAGUAUUUCAUUUCGGAAUUUUCUCAUAAGCCUCUUCGAGAUGAAAGGGGCAGAGGAGGUAAAUGGGAUGAUUGAGGAAAAGUCCCCGUCUUGCCAGCGCCCCGAUCUAUGGUUGCAAGGCCUCAAUAUGUUUAAAUAUGAGGUCCAAGCUUAUGUUAAAGAUAACGAGGACCGACCACCAGUCUUGAACCAAUUAAGCGACGAUCAUUUUGACACUCUUUACAAAUGGAUGGGGGCGCCAAAUCCCGAGAUCUUGGUAGUAGUUGGGGACGAGGGCGACGGUACCUGGACGACUAAUCUCUUGCUAGAAAUCUUACACAAGCCAAGAGAACAGAUGGUCCCUUUUACAGCUCAUCUUUGCGGUCGCAAUUUCAAUGCCAAAGAAGGAGCGCGACAGGAAUUCUUAAUACAAGAUCUUGUUGGUCAACUCAUCGAAGUAUACCGGAGCAAGUUUGACGAUAUACUAUCCGAGCUGGCAACACAGGAGCCAAAGGACAGUAAUAUCGGUGUUAAGAAGCUUUGGGAUCUAUUCAUCAAGUGCGUUCAACAAGCCGGGAUACGCAAACUUCUGAUCAUCCUCGAUCGGGUCGACUACUUACGCGCGAAAUGUAGCGACGAGGAAUUCGGCGAGUUUGUGAAAGCUCUGGAAACCGUUUCGGAAACCCUUUGGGGUGACAGUGUGUUGGUUAGAGUGAUGGUUACGAGUGGAGAUUUCGAAGUAGUGGAAUGUUUCAAAGAGACGAAGGCUUUAAAGAUUAUCAGAUUACUUGAUACACAUUUUUAGAUACCUAGAUCUCUCAAAUGUUUAAGUGCCUGGAUUCAUUAGGAACCCUCCUACCUACCUAGGUAGCCGUACCUAGUAGGUAGUUAAUGGAAUGGCACGCCAAGGGAUGCGUAUAAGUACCUAGAUACGGCAUCGAUUUCGGUGUUUGGAUAAAGCGAGGUACGAUGACGGUAAAUUAAUAUU